AUGGAAGACGAAAAAUUAGAAGUACAGAACGUCUUUGAUAAUUACAAAUCAAACGACAAAGAUGACAUUCCAAUAGAUGUCAAAAGAAAUGUCUUCAUGUUCUUCGAAAAGAGGGAUAUUCCUUUGGUCUUAUUAGGUUCCUUCAUUAUGUGUGCUUCUGCUGUUUGUACUCCCAUGUCAACCCUUCUUUAUGGGAAAGCAUUGGGAAACUUGGCCCUAUUCUACGCUGGUGAACAAGAAUUAGGAGAUUUCCUCAACGAAACCAGAAUCUUAUGUGGGGCAGUCAUGGGUGUCGGAGGAGCCAAAAUGUUACUAGUUUGGUUAGGUGUGACUGUUUUUAUGAGAUUUGGAGAAAUUCAACAACUGAGAGCUCGUGCUGUAUUAUUUGAUAAGAUUCUUAAAGAAGAAGCUAAAUGGUAUGAUCAAAAGAAAAACUUAAUGGGUAAUUUAGCACAAGUUAAUAGAUGUAUUGAAGAAUUAAGACAGGGAACUUCUGAGGUUAUAGCAAUGGCAGUACAAUCGUUGGCUUUGAUUAUUUCUCUUGUGGCAAUGUCGUUCUACCAGACUUGGGCAGUUACUUUGAUCGUUAUGGCAACGUCCCCAGUUAUGGCUUUAUCUGGUUGGUGGUUUGGUAGAUUGACCUAUAAGGGUGCUGAAGAAGAAAAUGAAACCACUUCAAAAGGUUCCAAACUUUUGGAUUGGUGUUUGGUAUCUCCAGCACUUGUUAGAGUGUUUAAUGGUAAAUACACCGAAAUGGCUAGGUUUAAUGAGAUUAUUGAUAAAUCAGCAAAAGCAUAUUGCAAACUUGCUAAUGCAAUUGCUGCAAAUAGUGGAAUGUUGAAAUUUUUGACCUUAAUGAUGUUUGUUCAAGCAUUUUGGUUUGGAAAUCAUUUGUUAACAACUGGAAAGGUUAACAUUGAACAGUUGAUGACAUGCUUCUCUUCUUGCUUGAUGUUGGGAUCCACAAUUGCUCAAACCACUGAGCUUCUUGCUGCUUUGAAUGCUGCCCAUGCAGCCGCUGGUAAGAUUUCUACCUUUUUAGAUUUAGACGCUGUAUAUGAGGAUUAUGAUGAAUCUCAAGCCAGCAGCCCAUAUAUGGAAAAGUUUCAAAUGCAUCCCCCUACUUGUUACGGUGCUAUUAAUUUCAAUAAUGUUAGUUUCAAAUAUCCUUCUAGAAAUGAAGUAAUUCUCAACAAUGUCUCAUUUUCAUUACAACCACAAAGAAUGAAUUUUAUAAUUGGAAAAUCAGGUGCCGGUAAAUCAACCAUACCAUUGAUAUUAAUGAAUUUAUAUGACAUUGAAAGUGGUUCCAUUGAAAUUGAUGGACGUUCUUUACGUCAUUUUGAAUCUGGUUGGUUGACUCAUAAUAUCACUUUAGUUCAACAAAAUCCAGUUGUUUUCAAUGCAAGUAUUAGAGACAAUAUAGCUUUAGCCGUUCUGGAAGAUUAUGAAAGUUUAGGUGAGGUUCCUGAAACUUUGAUACAUCAAGCUGCUGAAUUUGCGUUAUUGGAAGAUCUUAUUGACGCCAAAGGAAUCGAUUCAAUGGUGACACAGUCGCUGUUAUCUGGAGGUCAGCAGCAGAGAUUGGCUUUUGCUAGGGCUAAAAUGAGAGAUUGUCCGGUUUUGAUUCUUGAUGAAGCUUUCAGUGCUUUGGAUGCUAAGAAUAGAGAUAAGUUGUAUGAAAAUACCAAAAGAUGGAGAAAUGGUAAAACAACAAUUGUUAUCACUCAUGAAUUUAGUAAUAUUGAGCCUGAUGAUCAUGUGGUUGUUUUGCAAGCCGGUCAAGUGGUGAGUGAAGGUGAUUUCAAGCAUAUCCAACAACAACCAAUUUUUAAAGAAUUCGACUUUAAAGCAGUGGAUAAAAUAAGUCAAAAGGAGAAGUCAAUGGUUCAAAGAAGGAGUAUCUACUACAACUAUAAAACAAAUCCCUAUAUCUUGAAAGACUUAGAAAUGUUGUCAAUCAAAGCCAAGGACAAGGAGGAAGAUAUAAUGGGGGUUCUAAGCAUUCUUAAAUACUGUCGUUCAAGUAUUCAACAGAAAUGGUUGAUUGGUUUAGGAAUUCUUAUCUCCAUUAUGGAUGGUGCUGCCAAUCCAGUUUUUGCCAUGUGUUUUGCCAAAUUGCUUGCUACUUCGGUUGAAGCUGCUAUUGGAAAUGACGUAGAAAAGGAAGUGAUCAAGUGGUCUAUUGUUGCUUGUUGUAUUGCUACCUUUAGUGGUGCCACCUCAUAUGUUGCCGACUUUGUUUUAGCGUAUUCCAGUGAGAAGUGGAUUGUUGCCUUACGAAAACUCUCUUUUGAAAGAAUUAAUAAUCAAGAUAUGUCAUUUUUUGAUUCCGAAGAAACCAAACCUGCAGAAUUAACUGCUCUUUUGAUGAAUGAUGCAAGAGAUUUGAGAAGUUUGAUUUCUGAUUUCUUGAAGGUGGGGCUCAAUUUGAUUUUCAUGGUUCUUGUUGGUAUUAUAUGGUCAAUUGUUACGGGUUGGAAAUUAGCUCUAGUAGGUUUGUCAUUUGUACCCUUGAUAUUUGUCCUUACAGGGAUCUACGGGUCGGUUAUGGAGAGUGCUGAGAAUAAGUAUAAAACACGUGUUGCCAAGUUGGAAAACCAUUUGCACGAGACAGUAACUGCAAUCAAAACUAUCAAGAUCUUCAACAUGUCAAAUCAUUUUCAAAAGACAUUUUAUUCCAAUCUCGAUGAAAUCCAAAAAGUCGGUUCUAUGAGGGCUAUUCGAACUGCAGUUGGUGUAGCCAUGAACGAUAUGUUGGUUGCUGUUGCAACCGGUACUAUUCUCUAUUUUGGUUUGAAAUUGACAGGAGAAUUAGAAUAUACGGUAGGUUCAUUUAUGCAAAUACUUACACUUUUAAUGUUUGCAAUGAGUAGUGCAGGGGCAUUGCUUGGUCAACUUCCAGGUAUAACAAGAGGACAAAGAGCAGGUACGUUCAUUGUCAAAUUGUUAGAAAAUACACCUUAUUCCAAAGUUGAAAAUGAUGGAGAUGCAAGACCCACAUCAAUACCUGAAACUUGUAUCAAGUUCAACCAUACACGAUUCUCCUAUCCUUUAAGACCACAGGAUCCAAUUCUUGUCGAUGCAUCUUUCGAAAUUCGUCGGAAUGAACUUGUCGGUAUUGUUGGUGAAUCAGGUUCUGGUAAGUCCACAAUUGUCGCUCUUUUGUGUCGUCUUUAUGGGUCAAACCCAGGUCAAGUCACCUUGUGUAACAAUGACAUAUCCCUGCUUGAUCCCGAUUGGUUGAAAGAAAAAGUUAGUUUGGUCCCCCAAUUCCCCAAGUUCUUCGAAGGUUCAAUCUAUGAUAAUCUUGUUUAUGGAAUUAGUCCAUUAUUGCAAAUUACCCAUACUGAUGUCUUGGAAGUGCUUGAGAUGGUAGGAAUUUUAGAGUUUGUUGUUACUUUACCAGAGGGACUUCAAACUCCAAUUGGUGAAGGUUCUAAUUCUUUGGUUUCUGGUGGUCAGUUGCAGCGGUUGUCAAUUGCAAGAGCAUUAUUGAGAAGACCCAAGGUUUUGAUAUUUGAUGAAUGUACUUCUAACUUGGAUCCAGUCAAUACUAGAGUUGUAAUUGAUAUGAUCAGGAAUAAAUUGGCUAAAAAGUAUACUAUUCUACUUAUAACUCAUGAUCGAGAAAUGAUGAAAAUUACCGACAAACUUAUCGUAUUGAAAAAUGGUAGAGUGGGAGAAACGGGGACGUACGAGCAAUUGAUUGGGCUUAAUGGGGAGCUUGCAAGAAUUACUAAAUCCGCAAUGUAA